CCUUGAAGUCGAGACGGAAGUCAUUUAAGAAAGAGCUAUCCAARGUCUCUCAUGGAGGAUCCACAACGACUCCCGAACGAUGUGGGAGACGAUGAGGCUGCCGAAUUACAGCGCCAGGCRGAAGAGGCCAUGGAACAAAUGCUUUUGGCMCAGGAAGACGAAGACRWAGACUUCCAAGACGGYGGAAUCAAUAUAGACGGAGCAAACAUCGAAAACAGGAUUCACGACGAAAACGUUUUUGUGGAUGGCGGGGACGGAGCCGAUGUUGAUCGGCAGCCAGACUUUGCCAUCGAAGAGGAYGGAAACAUUCUGAACGGCAACAUGGGGUUCUUGGACGACGAGCUGAUCCRCAACCGCGCCAAUGRUCACGACGUGGCGACGCCAAGGAAAAACCCAUUUACAUACGUAAGCCUCAGCUUAUGGGCUGCCGUGUUCCUAAUUUAUUACUCAUACCGAUCGAGGCAGCAAUGGUACCUUGCCCUUGUCUUUUUGUCUUCGAGCAAGUACGCCUACGUGAUCAUGGGAAACGCCUUCGUCGCUACAUUGAUCUGGAUCUUUCGUGUAACGACCAAUUUCUUCUUGAAUGGAUUGCGUCUAAAUGAAGCAGAGGGCCUCACGGAUUAUUUUCGAUGGCACAUUACGGAAACCUGUCUGGCACUGACGAUUUUUCGGUYAGAGCUCAACGUGAAGACGUUUGUGCUCUUUUUGUUCUUGGUGUUGGCCAAGUGCCUGCACUACAUUGUCGAACAGAGAGAGGCCCACCUGCGCAUGACGGAGGAAAUCGUGGUCGUCAAUCCUUCCGGAAAAUGGUUCGCCUUGAGACUUCAGCACGUCAAGUUGUUUGCCCUGAUCUCUUUCCUGCAGUUUUCUGACGUUUGUGCAAUCAUUCUGUGCGGCCAGGACAUUAUGGAACACGGGCCUUCCGUGUCGAUUCUCUUUGCAUUCGAGAGUGCUAUCAUGCUGGUUUCGGUUAUAUCCAACUGUCUGCUGUGGUACCUUCAUUUGCUGGACGGAAUCUUUCAUGCCAUGCACGAAACCUCCCUGCCCGGCGCUCUUUUCCAUGGUUGGAUUUACCCCUGGAAGGACUACAAGGCAACGCUYGUGUUUGCGGUAGAAUUACAGGCCCAGGYGGCAAAAUUCAUCUUUUACCUAACCUUCUUUGCCAGUGUCAUGGCGUACUAUGGGCUACCGAUAAACCUGAUCCGAGAAGUCUACGUCAGUUUCCUUGCRUUGAAGCAACGGGUAAUGGCCUUUAAUAAAUAUAGACAGCUCAUGGCGAGUAUGAAUCGCUUCAAGAGUCCCACCGAAGAAGAAUUAGAAGCAGAGGAUCGCAUUUGUAUCAUUUGUCGGGACGAAAUGACGGUGGAAACCUCAAAACGGUUGCCUGGAUGUGGUCAUAUGUAAGUAGUGCCGUUCCCUUUGUCCAGAAUUAUAUCGCCAUAUCUAUUCUUUGCUUCAUUUGCAUGGUUCUCAUGUAUCUGUCUUCCACUAAAUUAUCUCACUGGUG